GUUCUCCCGCUUCUUCAAUUAAAUCGCCGAACGAACGCUACGAGAGCAACGUGAAAGAGCUCACAAAAACAAACUGGCCUCAAUUUCUCCGCCCAUUUUCCUUUCGUUUUUCGAUAUAAAUUUAAACCACUGUCUUUCUUUCUUCCUUGCACUCUAUAACAAGCAGCUCUCUCUAUAUUCUGUGAAUCCAAUGGCCGCGAUUUUCCAGGGAAUAGGAGCUGCCACUGCCUUAUCACCGACACCGUCCAAUUGCUUCGAUUCUAAGAAGCUUCCGCUUCCUUCUCGCAGAUCUCUCUCAGGAAGAAAAGCGAGCUUCGUCGUCGUCAGAUCUGAUGGAAGCACGAAUUUUGGUUCGGGCUCGAGAUCUCAGAAGGCUCAAAAGUUGAUCACUAAUGCAGUUGCAACUAAUCCUGAUUCUGCGGCUUCUACUUCAGCCUCGAAGCCUGGGCAUGAACUCUUGCUUUUUGAAGCUUUACGAGAGGGCUUGGAAGAGGAAAUGGACAGAGAUCCAAAUGUAUGCGUGAUGGGUGAAGAUGUGGGUCACUAUGGAGGCUCAUACAAAGUAACAAGAGGUCUGGCUACCAAGUAUGGGGAUCUCAGGGUUCUUGACACCCCUAUUGCUGAGAAUUCCUUCACCGGUAUGGGCAUUGGAGCUGCCAUGACCGGCCUGAGGCCAAUUGUUGAGGGAAUGAACAUGGGAUUUCUCCUUUUGGCAUUUAACCAGAUCUCCAACAAUUGUGGAAUGCUUCACUAUACUUCUGGUGGCCAGUUUAAAAUACCAAUUGUUAUUCGUGGACCUGGUGGAGUUGGUCGGCAACUUGGAGCUGAGCACUCUCAACGCCUUGAGUCAUAUUUUCAAUCAAUCCCGGGAAUUCAAAUGGUAGCAUGCUCAACUCCAUAUAAUGCAAAGGGCUUGAUGAAAGCUGCAAUCCGAAGUGAUAACCCAGUGAUACUUUUUGAACAUGUUUUGCUUUACAACCUUAAGGAGAGGAUUCCAGAUGAAGAAUACAUUUGUAAUCUUGAGGAAGCUGAAAUGGUUAGGCCUGGGGAGCAUGUCACUAUUCUUACCUAUUCCCGAAUGAGGUAUCAUGUGAUGCAGGCUGCCAAAACCUUGGUUAACAAGGGGUACGAUCCCGAAGUUAUUGAUAUCAGGUCAUUGAAACCAUUUGAUCUUCACACCAUUGGAAAUUCAAUUAAAAAGACGCAUCGUGUGCUGAUCGUGGAGGAGUGCAUGCGGACUGGUGGAAUUGGUGCUAGUUUAACUGCAGCUAUCACUGAGAAUUUCCAUGAUUACUUGGAUGCACCUAUUGUAUGCCUGUCUUCUCAAGAUGUUCCAACUCCAUAUGCUGGAACAUUGGAGGAAUGGACCGUUGUUCAGCCUGCCCAGAUUGUGACAGCAGUUGAACAAUUAUGCCAAUAGCUGCAGUAGUUAUGGCAUAGUUGCGAUUGUGGUAACCCUGUCUUCUCUCUAUGCAUAUUUUCGCCCUUGCUGUUUUUUGUGGAAUCUUUAUUUAAUCUCAGUUUUUUAGCAAUUUUUGUUGUUAAAACAUGCAAAUGUGGAUUAAGUUUGGUGGUCUUCUUUUUAUUCAAUGUAACUGGACUGAUAUCUUGCUAUUAGGGAAGAAGGUGGCAUGCUAAAUGGUAUUUUCUAAUUAUAGUUAUUUA